AUGUUAUCGCAUUCUUUAUUUCAAGACAAGGUAGCCGUAGUAACCGGAGCUUCAACGGGUGUUGGAGAAGCUAUUGCAACCGCAUUAUUCGAAAAGGGUGCAUUAGUCUUUAUUACAUCAAGGCAUUUAGCUGAGAUUCAGCAAACGGCCAACAGAAUUGACCCUACGGGUAAGAGAGUAUUUGGUAGAGCGGUCGACGUCACACGUGCUGAAGAGGUAAAGAACCUUUUUGCAGAGAUAGAAGCCACAUUUGGAUCUUUGCAUCACUUGGUAAACAAUGCCGGUAUAACUGGCCCACAUAAUACUGGAAUUGAGAACUAUGAUUUGGAUGAUUGGAAACGUGUGAUAGACACAAACAUCAAUGGAAUGUUCUACACUUUGAAAUAUGCUUUACCCCUAAUGGAAAGUACUGUAGGAUCAGAAAAGAACUGUAUCGAGACAACGGUAGUAAACCUAUCGGCCGUUAACGGAAUUGUUGGUAUACCAGGAAUAUCUCCAUAUACCGCAUCGAAGCAUGCCGUCGCAGGCAUAACACAGAGUGUCGCACUAGAAUAUGCGCAGAGGCAUAUCAGAAUUAAUGCUGUUGCUCCAGGGUACGUUUCAACUCCAAGAAUUAACGAUUUACCUCCCGAAGUGCAAAAUUGGAUGGCAAGGCAGCAUCCCAUGCAAAGAAUGGCUUCCUUAUCAGAAGUUUCUAAUACGGUACUGUUUUUGCUGUCCACUCUAAGCAGCUUUACUACUGGAGUCGUGUACCCUAUAGACGGGGGGUACUUGGCUCAGUGA